AUGGCCGGUCCUAAUCCUCCACUCCGAAAGACUCCAGAAUCAUGGCUGAGACGGUUAUUACCGUGGGCAUUGGCCACCCUCCUUCUAAUGGCAUCUCCGGCAAGAACGGAAAAAACCGCGGCGGAUUAUUUUGUACAUUCGCUGCCUGGACAGCCGUCCGGACCUCUUUUGAGGAUGCAUGCCGGGCACGUUGAAAUCACGCCAGAGCACAAUGGACAUCUCUUUUUCUGGCAUUUCCAAAACCGACACAUUGCUGACCGGCCACGGACCGUAAUCUGGUUAAAUGGCGGACCAGGGUGUAGCUCAAUGGAUGGAGCUUUGAUGGAGUUGGGUCCUUACCGGGUAAAAGAAGGGGGAAGACUGGAAUACAAUGAAGGUUCCUGGGACGAAUUUGCCAAUCUGUUGUUCGUGGAUAAUCCGGUAGGGACUGGAUUCAGCUACGUGAACACGGACAGCUAUCUUCACGAACUACAAGAGAUGGCAGAUCAGUUCCUCAUAUUUCUGGAGAAGUGGUUUGCAUUAUUUCCACAGUACGAAUCCGAUGACCUUUACUUUGCCGGCGAAUCUUACGCCGGACAACAUAUACCCUAUAUCACGAAAGCCAUCCUCGAACGCAAUGUCGUACAAAGAGCAAAUGGAAAACGAACUUGGAACAUCAAAGGUCUUCUGAUCGGCAACGGCUGGAUUGCCCCCUCGGAGCAGUACCAGUCGUACCUGCCAUUCGCAUAUCAGGAGAAUCUCAUCCAAGGAGGAACUCCUGAAGCUCAAAAGGUCGAGGCUGCACAUUCAUCGUGCAUUGCCGCACUGGGUCGGCCUGGCGGAGAUGAAAAAGUGGAUGUCAGCGCCUGCGAGACCGUUCUAUCCACGGUUUUGAUGGUGUCCAAGCAGAAUGGCAAGUGCUACAACAUGUACGACAUCCGACUUCAAGACAAUUGGCCGUCUUGUGGAAUGGCGUGGCCCCCGGAUCUGAAGACUGUUACCCCGUACCUGCGGCGACAAGAUGUAAUCACUGCAUUGCACAUCAACCCGGACAAGCGAACGGGAUGGACAGAAUGUUCCGGAGCGGUCUCUUCGGCGUUCCGAGCUAGUCACUCGAAACCCGGGGUUCAGUUUUUGCCCGGAAUCCUCGAAGCUGGUGUGCCAGUCGUGUUGUUCAGUGGAGCGAAAGACAUGAUCUGCAACCAUCUAGGCACCGAAGACAUGAUUGGCAAUAUGAAAUGGUUAGGAGGGACCGGAUUUGAGAUUUCUCCCGGAGUUUGGGCACCGAAACGCGAAUGGACGUUUGAGGAUGAGCCGGCCGGAAUCUAUCAAGAAGCAAGGAACCUCACCUAUGUUUUGUUCUACAAUGCCAGUCACAUGGUGCCAUUCGACUGGCCCCGAAGAAGUCGAGACAUGUUGGAUCGAUUCAUGGGGGUGGACAUUGCCAGCAUUGGAGGCAAACCCACUGACAGUCGGAUUGACGGCGAGAAAGCAGGCAGUGAAACAAGUGUUGGUGGCCAUCCCAACAGUACCAUCGCGAUCGAAGAUGAGAAGCAGAAAGUCAAGGAUGCGGAACUGCGAGCGUAUUAUCGUAGUGGCGAGGCUGCCCUGGUCUUUGUCUUGAUUGCAGCUGGGCUGUUUGGAUGGUGGGUGUGGCGAGGACGAAGGAGAGCCCGUGGUCAAGGAUAUAUGAGUGUGCCGUUGGCCAAUGGGUCGAUGGGUAAAGCACGAGACGUGGAGGCGGGAGAUUUUGAUGAGAAUGAACUGGACAAUCUGUCGUCGAGUCGUGGAAGACGAAACGUGCGUGCAGAGCCUUAUGACCUGGCUAGCGAUAGUGAGGACGAGGAUGCAGCACCUCACACAGGCGGCUCAGGCAAGGAACCUGGACCCAAGUAG